AUGGUAGCCAAUGCUCUGUGGGGAUGGCUGGAGAGAUGGCAAGGGGCUAACUGGCAGCAUAGAGGAAAACCAGUUUGGGCUGCUGAAGAAUGGAAAGACAUUGCUACCCGGGUAGAGAAACUACCUGUGAAGGUUCGCCAUGUAGAUGCUCCUGUCCCCAAGAGUAGAGCUAAUGAAGAGCAGCAAAACAAUCAGCAGGUAGAUCAGGCUGCAAAGAUAGGGGUGUCAAAGAUAGAUUUAGAUUGGCACCAUAAGGGGGAGUUGUUCCUAGCACGAUGGGCCCAUGAUGCCUCAGGCCAUCAGGGCAGAGAUGCCACCUAUAAGUGGGCACGAGACCGAGGGGUGGAUUUAACCAUGGAUAGUAUUUCUCAGGUUAUCCAUGACUGUGAGACAUGUGCUGUCAUCAAACAGGCCAAGCAGGUGAAGCCCCUAUGGUAUGAUGGACGGUGGUCCAAGUACAGGUAUGGGGAGGCCUGGCAGAUUGACUACAUCACACUGCCGCAGACACGCCAAGGCAAGCGCUACGUGCUCACAAUGGUGGAAGCCACCACAGGAUGGUUGGAAACCUACCCUGUGUCUCAUGCUACAACCCGUAACACCAUCCUGGGCCUUGAAAAGCAGGUCCUUUGGAGGCAUGGUACCCCUGAGAGGAUUGAGUCAGACAAUGGGACUCAUUUAAGAACAGCCUUAUCAACUCCUGGGCUAGGGAACAUGGCAUUGAGUGGGUGUACCAUAUCCCCUACCAUGCACCAGCUGCAGGCAAGGUGGAGAGGUACAAUGGACUGUUAAAAACCACCUUGAAAGCACUGGGUGGGGGAUCUUUCAAAAACUGGGAGCAGCAUUUGGCAAAGGCCACCUGGUUAGUUAACACCUGAGGUUCCACCAAUGGAGCAGGUCCUGCCCAGUCUGAGUCCCUGAAUAUAGUAGACGGAGAUAAAGUCCCAGUGGCACAUAUCAGAGGUUUGUUAGGGAAGACAGUGUGGAUCAAUUCUGCCUCGAGUACAGACAAACCCAUUUGUGGGAUUGUCUUUGCUCAGGGACCAGGUUGUACAUGGUGGAUAAUGCAGAAAGAUGGAAGAACACGAUGUGUACCUCAGGGAGACCUGAUUGUGGGGUGAGACUCAUAUGCAAAUAUCUCAAUUUGCUGGAUAUUACCACCAUUGUUUAUACAUUAAACCACACAGACAUGAGACAGAAGGAAAUGUGUAAGUGUCGAAGGUUUGAGCAAGUGAGAUAGAAGGAAAUGUCUAAGUGUCAAAGGUCUGAGUAAGUGAAAGAUGGAAGUUUUAAUUGAUGAAGUUUUUAUGUGAUGUUUGAUAGUUGACGAUUUGGAGAUAAGGGGUGGAAUGUCCUAGGGUGACAGUAUGGUGCUUGUAUCCCAAAUCGUGUGUUCUGUUUAUGCCUGAUAUUAUGUUCUGUGCCUUCAGGACUGACUCUGAAAGUGAAGGAUUGUUUUGUCUUGUUAUCAGCCGGCUCACCUCCCACCAUGAUCAAGAAACACCAAAAGUCUGCAUUUUUGUGACCUGCAGCAGCCAUCCCCAGCACCGGAGGCUGAUAGCUGGGCGACUGUGGGAGGGGUUCCUGCUCUCCCUUGGGAGGCAGCAACAGUGUAGAAAAAGGUUGACAACCAGCUGCUGCUCUCCACCCCAGAAGAGCUGUCCAUCAAUGUUUAGCAUACUCUCCAGUUCCAGAAAGUUCAGUUAUUCUGUUACCCCCAUUGGCUCCUGUUGGAAUGCCACUCCUCCUCUGUACCCCGAUUAGUUCUCUGUAUGUCACCCCACUCUGUCUCCCCCCCUUUACCCGUUGCCCGUUGGCUGUUUUGUACCCUAACCACUCCCACUUCUUUGCCCUUAAUACCCAGCCCCGCCUUUCCUCGGGGCUUCCGAAGUUCGCUCCCUUCUGGAGAGUUCGUGCCCCUCCUUUCACCCUCCUGUUCCUGCGACGCUCCUGAAAUAAAGCCUCUAGGAAUAAAGCUACUUCGGAGCCCUCUCGUCCUUACGGUGGAGCUAUCCGGGUCCUGCCACAUCCUCCCCACGGACCAGUCCUCUGAGGGUUUUCCCCCGGACAGGCUGGGCACCCGGGUGAAGCCCGGAGGACUUGUAUUUUAAUACAGGCGACCACUCCCAGGAGAGACUUUCUGAAUUUGUCAUCUCUUCAGAAUGGUGAAAGAGUUUUGUCAUCAGGUGGUGAUUUUUGUAUUGGGGA